AUGGCCGGUGCGAACAAUGACAUCACAGUUUUACAAUCUUCGAAUCUUUUUGACGAUGUCAUAGAUGGUGUUGCACCAGAUACUUCAUUCUAUGUAAACGACGUGGAGUAUAAGUAUGGGUACUAUCUUGUCGACGAUGACGAGAAAAGAUUCUAUUUAAAGAAGAAACAAGAGUCGGUAAGAAAAGAUAUCGAGCAGACUUUCGGUGUAUUGAAAAAGAGAUGGUUUAUCAUUGCCCAGUCGUUGAGGAUAUUUGAAAAGAGUAAAAGGAGAAACAUCAUGUAUACGUGCAUCAUCUUGCAUAACAUGAUAUUGGAGGACUCGGGCAGAGCGUUUUGUGGAGAAAGUUAUGAUGAAGGUAACCAACCGACGAACCCACUACUCACAUACGAUAAAAAAAAAGUUACCCGAGCGAGGAUACGUGACAGGGACACACACCAUAACCUUCGAGCUGAUUUGACUGAGCACCUACGAUUCUAUAGUGAACAAGGAGGAGACGACGGAGACGGCGAGUGA